AUGCAUGGUAAGACCGGAGAAACCAGAGAGAUCUACCAUUUUAAUUACACAACGUGGCCUGAUUUUGGCGUGCCAGAGUCCCCAGCAUCAUUCCUCAACUUCCUUUUCAAGGUUCGAGAGUCUGGCUCAUUGGGGCCAGAGAACGGACCUGCCGUGGUCCACUGCAGUGCAGGGAUAGGGAGAUCUGGGACUUUCUCAUUGGUUGACACCUGCCUUGUAUUGAUGGACAAGAGGAAAGACCCUUCGUCUGUGGACAUUCAAAAGGUUUUGUUAGAUAUGAGAGAGUAUCGAAUGGGCCUUAUCCAAACCCCAGAUCAGCUUCGAUUUUCAUACAUGGCAGUCAUGGAGGGAGCAAAGAGCAUCCUGGAAGACUCGGCUCUGCAGGUGUCAAGCAUACAGAAGCAGCCUGAAGAAUGGCAGGAGCCAGAAGCUUAUUUGGUUUCAUCUUCUCAGAGCUCCAUCCUGAGUUCAGAGAAAGUCAACGGACAGUCUGACUCUUGUACAGAGCCACAUGAUCCAGGAAGAGAACGAGACAGCAUACAUUCACCAAAGGAAGAACAUACAGAGUUGAAAACAUUAAGCCUUCGCAAGCGGAACCGUGAGGAACGGAUAGCCAGCACGGCACAGAAGGUGCAGCAAAUGAAGCUGAAACUAAGCGAUUCGGAGAAGAAAAAAGAGAAGUGGCUUUUCUGGAAACCAAUUCUCCUGAAUGUCGGCGCUGGUGCAGCUGUAGCACUGGGACUGUGCAUGUGCUGGGCCUUUCUGUCCCAGUAAUGCCGUUUUAUCCCACAGAUUCCUCUUCUUGUCUUUUAUUUGCCCAGGGACCCAAAUUAUGGUACUCAUAUUAGUAGGUGCUUGGAUGUUUCUAGAUGAGGGACAAAAAAAAUGUAGAAUGAUCGUGUUUACAAGCAUUCUUACCCGGAUGUUCUUCAUGAUUUAUUGAAUGUUUGUGUCAUAUGUGGUUAUUACAGUGUAAUGAAUGAUGUAGUUACAUUGUAAUUCCAUCAUGGUAAGUUCUUACGGCCUAACAACUUUCACUGUACAGUAUUUUGUCUGAGUUUAUAUGCGGAGCAAUGUUAAAUAGACCCUCACCGGGUCCGUCUGAGUCCGUUUAUUAAAUGCGUCUGUUUGCUAAAUUCCCGCAUGGAUAUUCAUAGGGCGACUCAUUUGUUUCAGUAGGUCAAAGCCCAGUGAGUUUCCGUACAUGCACAUCUCAGGAUCUUCUAGUAAUAAACUGACUGUAGAUUCAGCCAAAUGUAAUAAGUGGUCCGGUUUCCACUUUUAAAAAAUGUACAUAGUAAACUCUUUACUAAAGAAGAA